AUGGUACAAACCGGCCACGCAGUGGGUGUCGCUUUCGCGCUUAACAUUGCUGCUGGAUUCGCUACAGUCCUCGGUGGCAUGGUCGUCUUCAACAAGCACCUGGUGCAUCUCGCGAACCCCGUCAGUUUGGCAGUCGCACUGAGCAUUUCGGCUGGUGUCAUGAUGUUCAUCUCGCUGGUGGAGAUUUUUGGAGAAUCCGUGCACCUGCUGACGGAAGGCCUGAAAACCGAAGACAUGUCGGAGGAGACCGCCACGGGUCACGGUUGGCUUGGCGCGACCGCGUGCUUUGCCGCUGGAAUUGUGCUGAUCUACCUCAUCGACGUGGUAGUGCACAAGAUUUCGCCCGAGCACGAAAUGACGGAGAUCGACAACCUCGAAGGUGUUCGCGAGUCAAUGGCCCAGUACCAUCGGAGUAGCAACGCUAACGUCGCAAGCCCAGCACUCGAGCUGGAAUCCCAGACCCCCGAUACUGCUGGAUAUUACGUCAAGAUGGACGCGCAAGCAAAACUUGCGCUGCAGCGUAUGGGCAACUCCUCUGUGGGUUUCUCGCUCGCCGUUGGCAUCGGUCUCCACAACAUCCCCGAGGGCAUCGCUGUAGCUGCCCCUAUCUACUUCGCGACGGGAUCUCGUUGGCGUGGAAUCAUGUGGUGCGCCAUUUCUGCCUGUGCCGAGCCGGUCGGCGGACUCAUCGCGUGGUUGGCGAUCGGCGAUGGUAUGGAUCCGGUCUCGGAGGGCAUCCUCUUCGGAAUCGUGUGUGGCAUUAUGGUUUGCAUUUGCGUCAAGGAGUUGAUCCCGACGGCGUACAAGUUCGCCAGGGGGAAGAAUCAUAUCGUGGCGUUCGGUAUGUUCGCGGGCAUGUUCAUCAUGGUGUCGAGUCUCACGCUUUUCGGCUACGCUGGCGUCUAA